AUGAAGUUUUCAGCUGUGACGGUUGCGGCUAUGGCCAUCUCGUCUGUUUUGGCCAAGGACAGGCAAUACACCACCGAGAUCACUUACACCAGUGACGGUGCUACCAAGACAUACACUUCCACCCACAAGACCCACAAGUACGGUAAGUUUAACAACACCCACCACGAGGGCUCUAAGAAGCCAAAGUCUACCGGUACCCACAAGUACGGUAAGUUCAACAACACCCACCACGAGGGUUCCAAGAAGCCAAAGUCUACUGGUACUCACAAGUACGGUAAGUUCAACAACACCCAUCACGAGGGUUCCAAGAAGCCAAAGUCUACCGGUACUCACAAGUACGGUAAGUUUAACAACACCCACCACGAGGGUUCCAAGAAGCCAAAGUCUACUGGUACCCACAAGUACGGUAAGUUCAACAACACCCAUCACGAGGGUUCCAAGAAGCCAAAGUCUACCGGUACUCACAAGUACGGUAAGUUUAACAACACCCAUCAUGAGAAACCAACUACCGAAGUCGAAAUCAAGGUCCCAGAAAACGACGCCUCCGGUAACAGAAUGAACUCCAUGAAGUUAUUUGGUUUGACCACAGGUACUGCUGUUGUCGCCGGUGCUUUGAUGUUGCUAUAG